AUGGAUGUUUGGCCUGGGAACUGCCACGAGCAAGCUGGGACUGCUCUGGAGAAGAAGGGAAAGGGAAAGGCUAAAGACAAGCGGGUAGAAGAGCCUUGGCGCUACCCAUCCCUAGACCAUGGCACUAUCGGUGCGGCGUCCUUGAGGAAGGCGCAUUAUAAGUCUAGAAAACACUACUCUUGGACUUUUGCAGCUGAGGCUAGUUUUGAGUUCAAGCUUGUUCCCUCGGAUGCCCCCCACGAGGUCUUUCCCCCGACGCGGCCUAAACCCCUGCAUGCUCCUAAACUUACAUUACCCCAGCGAGCAGAACAAGGCGCACAAUUCCUCCGCACAUACUACCCGGAUGUAGAAAUCCCAGGAUGGCUGAUUAGAGACGAGAUCACUGACGACGCGCGUAUCAACUGGGCUUUCAAGCAACACGAUCCAUUUGCGGGGAACAUGGUCGAUGUGACUUCGUUCCACGUUGCUAAGAAGGCCUAUGCCUACCUCACGUUUCCAAUGGGAGAGACCCGCUGCCAACUGAACAUGUCGCCUCUCGUCGUGCACUCCAAGACGAAAGUGGAGCUCAAGGCUACGGCCACGCCUAUCCAUACCUUCGACACUCCUAUCCAGCAAAUUCUGGCCUCACCUCAUACGGAUGAGGUUGGAAAGAGUAAGACAGCUCCUAUGCUUGGUGUUAGGACCAUGGGUCACGUUACGUUCAUGCGAGUCAAAGUUGCACGGACAACACAUACCAUCGAAAUAGAACCUCUGAUCACUGUGCAACGAGCGGACAUUGGCGACAGACGGGCUGUCGACUUGACCUUCUUCCCGUUGAACACUGCCGUUGGCUAUGUUGCUAACGAAGUGGGCAGUGUCUUCCGUUGCCGUGCAUCGGAGUCCAGCACUAUCGUAGAACAAGUACGCAUAGCGGAUUCUUCGCAACCAGUGUUUUGCCGCAUAGCUGCCCACGAGACUCGAGAGAAAGUUGCCGCCAUUUUGGACGCCAAGGCAGCCAUGCUUGACUUGCGGGCGGGAAAGCAAUCAUACGAUCUCUUCAUUGCGCCUAGGCCGGGGGUCAAGUUGACGUCAAUUGAGAUGCCAAGCGAUGAAGACCAUACGGUGCGAUUAGCCUCAACCGACGAGAUACUGUGGCUGGAUGAGCGGUACACGCAAAGGCCAUUGUUUGCAGUGAAGCACGGAAGGGAGUUCGACCUCACUCUUCGCACACAAACGCAUGACUUGACACAUUCGCCUCUCACAUUCCUCACGUCACGACGGAAUUCGUUGGUAACGGUUUACGACGUAUCCCGAGACAGCGAGAAUCUGGUGCACAUGUAUGGUUCUCCUUACGCACUGCCGCCUCUCGUCCGGCCGGAUGGCCCACAUUCCGGCUUCGCGUUCUACCAGCAGCCCAGCCUAGUAGGAAGCAAACACAUCAGUCUUAUACAGCUUUCUGAACGUGGAGGACUCUCACUCCUCAACCUCGACCAUAUAUCCGCGGACGCUACUCCUCCAGAAACAUCCAUUGAACAUUUGCGAUAUCAAUGGACACCGGAGGUGCACGAGUUAGGCAAGGAGGCAGAUGCUAAGCGUAUUGAAGGAGGACCGCUUGCCGGCAGAGUGCAUAGUGUUGUUGACAUGCGGCCUGCUUAUCAAAGACUGUUCAUGAUUCGGAAAGACAAGAGCCUGACAAUGCAAAGCAACGCCGUUAACGAUACGUUGGAGCAGAUGCCGAGAUAUUGGCAAGAUCCCGGUGCUCCAACUGAACAUGUCUUGACGACGUUCGACAUCGCGAUACGUGCUGGCGAUGAACCGACGGACGUGUCAAGGAACGACUGGUUCACUGGCAGUUCGCUUGACUCUGCGGCAGGAUAUCGCGCGCUUCAGAGAGGACGCAUCCCUAAAGAGCAGCUAGCACGGGGCGCGCCGUGGCAUUUGGAAAUUUCACCUUUCAUCCGCCGCAAAGUCCCUGAGUUCGACAAGGACCCCCAAACGACGAUGGAGAAUCUUGCCCGUUACGACAUUGCAGACGAUCCUCGACGUCCGGCGGAAUCCUAUCGCAGGGAAACAGAAGCUCGGUCUCAGCUCGCACUCGAUCUAUCGCUAGCUUGUGACGUUUAUUCGACAAAUCGGCCUAGCAAGCAUGUGUUGGCGCCGUCCAACGGGUCGGCAAACUUGGACGAUGAUAUGCUCAGUAUCUCACUAUCGACACAGGCAAUGUCGCUCGGAGAACUGGAGCCACCUCCAGUGCAGUUCGGCUUCCUCCGUCCUAUUCGGAAAGUCCCUCAAUGGGAUGAUAGCAAAGAUGCCGAUGGCGAAGCCAGACACGAGAACGAGGGAAUUGCGAGGCUAGGCACUCCCCUUGGAGUGCGUCUUCUGCUGCAAGAGUGGGAAGUGGGGACAGAUCCCUACGAGUACGUCUAUCGCGACCCGUACGACGACUCAGCCGCAGAACCCGCGACAGCACCUCGGCGGCUAGCGAAGGAGCCCGCCGGAAAGGAACCGCCGGAGCAGAGCAGGGUUCCACCGCAGGUUCAUACCCAACGACCGCCCGCGGUAGCGUCUUCUGUCCACCACGGUCCUCCGGCUAUAGCAUCGAGUCAGCCCGUCUCCACACGUAGACCGCUCAUGGCCGCUCGCUCCGAAGACGCUCUUGCUCCCCGGCGUCCUCCAACGACUGGGAGCCAACCUGCGGAUCCUUGGACGGCUCCGCCUUCUUCACAAGACGUACCCUUCGCGAGCACGCAGGUACUCCCAGGGCCCCACGGUGGCAGGUCGACUGUGGCGAGGAAAAAGCCGGGGAAGAAGCGGCUGGGCGGUUUCUGAGGGAGGCUUCGGUGUCAUGCUGCGAGGUCAUGCGUACAUUGGUGGCGCUAUGAAGUGUUAGGAUCACCCUCUGGAUUAGCACUUGAUGUUACCGCAUCUGAUACUACUAGCACCAGGAUCGACUUCUUCAAGCUUUGCGCCUUGUCCAUGUCCGACGUAGCUUCCCCCGUCGCGUGCUUGACUCGUGUGUAUCGUGC